AUGACUGAGAAUACAGAUUACCCCACGUGGGCUGUAGCCGCACUAGCCAUCUUUGGCCGCCAUGCCACUCCUCUCAUUAUUCGUACCUUCACUUCUCCAAGAGAAGUACUCGAGCAUCCAGAGGCCGCUACUUCUGCAAACCUCUACGUGGGUGAGGAGGAUGUCGUGCGAUUACACUUUCUUCUCUUCUCAUCACUAGACCGAUGUGAUGAUGUGGCGCAGGAGCAUCAGCGACAGGAACAGCAGAAACAACAACAACAAAAUAGUUCCAAAACUGCACAAGGAGGUCCGGGAAGUCAUCGAACAGCCGUACGUGUCUCUGCUGGGGCGGAUGUUCGUUUUCUUGGUAAACUUGUCCGUAAUCAUAUGUUUACUUCAUAUGGAUUUCAAUCCGCCUCUGGGAUUCGAACUAUUUUGGCAAUUGUGGGGGAUGCCCCGUUGGAUGCGGUGUUGCCGCUUUGCCGCUCCACCUAUGAGGCCGCCUCUGCUGCUCUCUGCAAUCCAUUUCGAACCCCCCGCAUGCAUGCGAAGUUACUGCAGCGCUGGUAUGAGGGAGUCCCACCGGAGUCUAUUCUCCCCGCAGCCUAUGCAGAGAAUAUACAGGCCGCCCCAACAGCAGAUACCAUGUCGGAAGAACCAUCAUUAGCGUACUCUCGUGGGUUUAGAGAACAGGUGAAUACUAUUAUUGUACCAUUUACAGCAACAGCUCGAAGUAGUAUUGUAUGA